AUGACUAAAAAAAAUGGGUAUAAACUGCUUGUAGAGUUUUUCCUUUUUUACACUUUAUUGCUCAUUCCUGGUACGGAGUCCUACGUUCGAAGUAGCACCGGCGGUAGGGACAUAAUCAGUUGGAGUAAUUUUAGCGGAGUCCUCACGGAGGGCACGAUUCAGAGGAGGCGCCUUCCGUGGUUGGUGAGGAGUACCGCAGUGCCACGUCCACAGUUGCCUCCAUCGCAGUUAGAGCAGGCAACACAAAUUGCACCACAACCAUCACCCGUGGAGCCAACAAAACCCGUCAAGCUAAAAAAAAAAGAAAAAAAAAUACUAAAAAAGUACAAAGAUUUUCUAGAUAUUUUGCCCAAGAGAGACAGCGAAUAUGCAAUAAACGAAGCAAUCGAAAAAAUAAAAACGUUGGCUGUACAUAAAUUUGUCGAAAGUAUCGACAUAUAUCUGUCCUUUAACCAGAAGAGGACCAAGAUGAACAAAAAUGACAACUUAAAGACCUUCAUUACAUUUCCACAUAAUUUGAAAAAAAAAAGAGCAAAAACAGUAUACGUGGUGACGAACAGGGAUCUUCAGAAGAAGGCCACCGACGCAGGUGCUGACGUCGUUGGGGAAGACGAUCUGAUCAACAAAAUUAAAGAAAGAGAAAUCCGACUGAAGAAAAAAAAUAACAAUUUUUUACUCUGUACAAAUGACGUGAUACACAAACUGGCGCGUGUUGGAAAGGAGGUGGGAAGUAAAGGACUGAUGCCAAAUGAAAAGUCUGGAACAUUGGUGAGUGAAUUUUUACUCGAAAAGCACGUGAAGCUUUUUAAGUUCGGCAAUUCAUAUAUUUUUAAGCUGAACAAAUUAAACACGCUAAAUUUAAAUGUGGGGGAUGUGUACAUGUCAAAUGAUGAGAUACGAGAAAACAUUUGUCACCUUUUCGAUCAUUUGGAUAAUUUGGAGUUUUUUCACUUCAACUCGAAGAAUUUGAAGUCCAUUUUUCUGAGCAGUACCAUGGGCUUCCCCUUCAAAAUUAAGAAGAACUUUCUCUAG